AUGCAGUUCACUACUGGUGAGAUUGUUACAGGGAUUUACCUAGUAUCCCUGACAGGGAAUCAACUUGUUAUCAUCCUUGCACUGCUUGACCAUCACAUUCACACCCCCGUGUACUUCUUCCUGAUGAAUCUGUCCGUCUUAGACCUUGGAUCCAUCUCCCUCACUGUCCCCAAGUCCGUGGCCAACUCCCUGUUAAACACCACGUCAAUUUCUUAUGCUGGAUGUGUUACCCAAGUCUUUCUCUUCAUCUUCUUCACUGAGGUUGACUUUGCUUUUCUCACCAUCAUGGCGUACAACCGAUAUGUCACCAUCUGCCAACCACUGAACUAUGAGAUUAUAAUGAACAGGAGAGCUUGUGCCCAAAUGGCAGCCAGUGCCUGGAUCACUGGAAUUCUCCUUUGUAUACUGCACAGUGGGAACACAUUUGCAAUAACCUUCUGUGGAGGCAACAUGGUGGGUCAGUUGUACUGUGAAAUCCCCCAAAUACUCAAGCUGGCCUGCUCUGACCUGUACCUUGGUCUGGAUCUUGUGGUGAGUGUGCUUUAUUCCGUGGUGCCUCCUCUGAUGAAUCCGAUCAUCUACAGCAUGAGGAACAAGGAGAUCAAAUGUGCCUGGAAGAAACUAACUGAACGGAGUUUAUUCACCAAAAAUAAAAUUUCCAGAUGUCUCCCAUGA